CCUGAUCGUUUGUCCUGUGCGCAGCGCAGCACGACUUAUCCCCCCGCCGGCCCUUUCCUUUCCCCUCUUCGCUAACCACUCGCGCCGGCGGCAGCCGAAGCUCAGCUCCGCGGAUUCAUGGCCUGAUACUGAGCCGACCCCCCGACGACAUGGGUGCCAAGGAUAGCUUUGCUGUGCUGCUGAAGGAAGGGAUCUUAUUAACCGCGUAGCGAGCUGCUUCGAUGCUAUAAAGUGCUUCGGUUGUCGAUCAGGACCGGAAGGUACAGUGGGGAGAGGGUGGAGGAAGUGUUUGCAGGGGAGUCACGAGAUGGAAGAAGCUCAGGAAACCAGGUACUGGUGCCACAACUGCGAGGAAGUGGUCGUCCCCGUGGAGCCGGAGAAGAAGUGCCCCGACUGUGAUGGCGGGUUCGUGGAAGAAAUGGGGUCCGAGGACUUUGAGCCGUCGAUGAACGUGAGGUCCGAGCAGAACCUCUCGCUCUGGGCCCCGCUGCUGCUUGGGAUGAUGGGUGGUUCGUCGCGACGAUCAAGGCCACGCAGGGAUAUGAUGGAUUCUUCUUCUGAUGAGGAGGAGGGACGGCAAGCAAGGAUCCGCAGGGCCUUGAGGGAUACUGAUGACGAGGACGAAGAGGAGGAUGACGAUGAUUCGGACCGUGAGCUUCAAGACUUGAUUAGGAGGCGGAGGAGGAGGGGCUCGUCGCUUGUUAGGCUGCUUCAGACCCUCCGUGAUGACUUGAGGGGUUUGGAUGACAUUGGCAGGGACAGGGACAGAGGCCUGGAGGGCCUGAGAGAAAGAAGGGAGAGGGAGAGGGCUAGAAGAGACAGGGAGAGAGAAAGGGAGAGGGCCAGGGAGAGAGAUCGAGGGAGAGAAAGGACGGAAAGCGUGAUACUGAUCAACUCCAACAAUGAGGCCAUUAUUCUCCAGGGAACAUUUGGACCUAAUGGCAACCAAGAGCACUCAAGCAACACCAAUACAGGCGUUUCACUUGGAGACUACUUUCUUGGUCCUGGCCUAGAUCUGCUCUUGCAGCGUUUGGCAGACAGUGACCUGAACCGUUCUGGCACACCUCCUGCUAAGAAGGAAUCAGUGGCCGCAUUGCCAACUGUGAACAUCCAGGAAGUAUUGGGCUGUACAGUCUGUCUUGAGGAGUUUGAAAUGGGGACAGAAGCAAAGGAGAUGCCCUGUCAACACAAGUUUCACACCAGUUGCAUCCUUCCAUGGCUGGAGCUCCACAGUUCUUGUCCAGUUUGUCGCUUUCAGUUGCCUACUGAGGAAUCAAAGAACCCAUGCGAGUCAGGCAGCGGUGGCGGGACGGUGAGCGCUGAUGGAGAUAAUGCCGAGUCAAGUAGUAGUGAUGUAGAAGGUACUGACCAUAAUGGAGGCAGCCAGCCUGGGAGUCCUAUAUUUCCAGAAAAUGUGUCUGAUAGUGAUAUACGCUCUGCUUUGGAUGCGCUCUUCCCAAAUCAUUCGUCAUCUUCCGAGAGCUGAAGCCACACAUUGCCCCUGGCCCCUGUGCUUCCAACAUGCCUAAGGAGUUCUGAAUGGAGAUUCCUGUGAGGCCGGGCGUCUUUAUGCUGUGGUUUUCUGUAAAUAUUUGUUUAAUCCGACUCUGCAAGAACAAGCUGUUAUGUUCGCUUUCUCUUCUAAAACCUGUACCUGGGUUGUAACCUGUUUGAUGCCCGCCGUGUUUACAGUACGACACAGCAUACUUAUGUGAAAUAAAAGUACUCUAGUAUGUUUA